AUUUAUUUAUCGUUUCUAAAGAAACUCGAGAAAGAUCAGAAACAUUUUGUAAGACGGCAAAAAUCAAAAACCUGCUAAGGGGAUUGACAAAAAUGGAGAUUAGUAAAUGGCAUUUACCCGGCUGGCGUAUAGAACAGCGGUACAAUAACAGAGUGCUUAUCGGAAAUUGGAACGAGGAGAGGCGAGAGUUCAGGCGAGGGAAUUGGAAGUCCAACAGUACACACCGAACUGACUUCACCAACUAUCGGCAUUUCGUCCCUGAUAACAAAAAUCGACAAUAUGCAAUUUUGAAAAACGAGGGUCUCGAUAAAAAAUUAUUAUUCUCACACAGUGGAGCAUACAAGAAUUACUCCAGCAAUAUGAUAUCGUGGUAUGACCAGCAAUUCAAUGGUCGAGAACAAAGAGAAUCCAGUUUGCCUAUGUUGCGAGCAUGGGAUGGAAGGACUCUUGCAUGGGCUCCUGAGCGGUCUGACCAUCCUUUACAAGGUACACCAACAAACUUUGGACUUCUUGCAAAAAAACAAGCUAGAUUGGUGGAAAACAGCAAUUCUGUACCAGAAUAUCAAACAACAUACGAAGGAUCUUACAAAAGCCUCCCUGGUGACAGUUUUGUAAAGCACCAUUUUUCAACACCCAGACAUCUUUCAAGCCACUUUAGUCCACACAUCAAAAUUAAUAAAGACUUGCAUCUACGGAGUGCAACAAUAUGCACUGCACAAGAACACCCACCUAAUACACUAUUGCUACCAGCUUAGCUCAUAUGUGUCUCUUAUUGUAUGUAAAUCAUUGAAUUUUUCUACUUAUCCUAAACAAUUAGGUUUGGAUUGUAUAACCAUUGGCUAAUUAUAUUACUGUAUUUUUUAUUUAAAUGUGUUGUUUUAAUAUUUUACCAAUUCAACUGUAUACUUAGUUUAAUCAAUUUGGUUUUAUCAAUAUGAAAGAAUGCAAAAUACAAGUUAUCUUGUUUUUUUCAG